UUAUCGUGAGCGUUUCUUGUUCUGAAGUUGGACUGCGUGGCAGUCCUAAAUGAAAGGAUGGUAUUUACCAAGUUGGCUUGAAUUUCCGAAGUUCAAAAACCCGAUUUUGUAAUUUUUUAAGUUUUUUUUUUAAGAAAAUCCAGUCUUAGUAGGGCUUUAAUUAUUCGUGUUCUAAGGGAAGUACAUUUCCAAGUGAGCCCUGUGGUGCUUAUUGAUAGGUUAUACAUGCUUGUGAAACUCAGUCGUUAUUUCCUUAUUUGCAUAUUCGAUUGAUUUGACUUGUGGUAAUGACUAAUCAGUCAGUGUGGAAAGAAAAUGGCUUUAUGAGGCCUCUCAGAAAGAUAAUUAAUUGAUAAAUGACUGGUCUGAUUCAUAUGGCUUUAAAAAUUCUACUUAUGUAUAGUAUUAAUUUGCAAAACACCUUGACUGAGACUGUCCAGUAAGUGAGUUGUUACUUGGUGGCCAGUUAUAUGGUUAUCUGGCAAUCGAAUGACAAAUAUAGCCACAGAGCUGUCCAAAGUGCAGUCUGGAACCUGGGGAGUAGGUGAAUCCUGGGUCCCUAGGCAGCAGGGUGACUUUUUGGGGAUUCCCCUGCAAACUUGGGCCCUGUGAGUGCGGAAGGCAUUUGGAUAGUUUAAAAUGCUUGAGUUUUUCUUAACUGCUCCUGCCUUCUUUUUGUAGUUCACUUCCUUCAUUUCCUGUUCAUAGAGAUGUUGUCAUUUAUAUAGUAACUGAAUACAUUUAUUUACUCAAGGAAUAAAGAUAAUUUUAGUUGAAAUGCUUUUCUGACAAAAGAGUUGAUUUAAGAAUUAAAUUUUUUAUAUAAUCCUUCAGAUAACAUUUUAUCUAUUGUUUUUGAAAUUUACUGCAUCUUUGUAAGUAUGUUGAAAUCUGUAUAACUUAAGAGUUAUAUGUCCUUUCUGGCACUGUGAGAAAGAGUUGGAGUUGGUACAGUCAUUGACAGUGGCAGGAACUCCCUCCAUACUGUUGUGAAUCAGUUGAAGUCUCUGCUUGAUAGUCCCACUUUACAAAGGGUACUGAUUGUUUUGUUUGGCUUUUAGUAUGGUUCUUUGAGUAGGAUACUGUAAACAUGAAGUAUAGACAGAUGUGCAUGAAAUGCUUGAGUGAUUAAUGUUUUGUAGCCAACAGCAAAGUAUGACGUAAGACCCUGUCACGUAGGAGGUAUAAUCCAUAGCUUCAUGUUUAUGUAUAUAGAAUUACGAAUUAUUUUUUGCCAGUAAAACCAAACUAUAGUGAGAAUUUUUUCUUUCCCUUCCUUGAGCGAUGAAAUACCAUUCCAUUUGUUGCUACUGUGAUAAUUAACAGUUAAGAGCAGGUUAUAACGAUACUUUUUAGUUGGUUGACCUGCAGCUUGUGAAAUUUUGGUUACUUAAAAAACAAAAUGCUGAAAGAUUUGAAAAAACUUGUCCAAAUGAUUUCAAACAGAAUUUUCUUAUUUUACAUCCCAAACUGGAGUAUGUUCUACUUCAAAUAACUGAGCUAUUCAGUGCCAUAAGCGAUAUAUAUGACUGCAAGAAACAUUCUAAUGUAAAUUCCACAUGGGAUAAAAGCAGUACUAUGCAUAAGCAGAAUUUUAGCUCCCCGUGCUCACUAUUACUUAACACUUUUGUAUAAACUAGCUAAAUUGGUAUUUUUAUUUGAUUUGAAAUAAAUAAAAUAAAUUUUAUUCAGCACCUCUUGACGUUAGUAGCAAAUUUCCUAUUGAAUAACAAAUCUACUGUCUAAUGUCCAAAAGAUGGACUUUGUAUAGGCUGUGUCAUUUUACUCAAAUUAGUUUUAUGGAUGUAAAAGAAAAUAAAGCCAAUUUUUAGGGUAGAAGAGGGAAACAUAAAAUGUAAUGAAAUUUUGCAACCCUUUGUGCUGUGCACUGUCAUGUUAAUAACUCCACUAACAUUGCUUUCACUUAAUUUAAUGCUGAUUGCCUUUAACAUUUACUAAACAGUUUUGAAAAUUACUGUAGCUUAGCCUGAGACGUUUGUGAUUAGCUGCACCAAUUUGAAAUGGCCAAUUUGGAUGAUGACAGAACCUCCUCUGCGCAUGCUUUUUUAAAAUUUGGUUCAAUAUAUGAGCCACUUAAAAGCAUUAAUCUUCCAAAACCAGAUGGGGAAAGUCUGUGGGAUAAAUUAGAUCAUUACUACAGAAUUGUUAAAUCAACAUUGCUGCUUCAUCAAAGCCCAACCACGGGUCUGUUUCCUACAAAGACAUGUGGGGAUAACCAGAAGGCAAAAAUACAUGACAGUCUUUACUGUGCUGCAUGUGCCUGGGCUUUAGCCCUUGCUUACAGGCGUAUUGAUGAUGACAAGGGAAGGACUCAUGAACUGGAGCAUUCUGCUAUAAAGUGUAUGAGGGGAAUUCUCUACUGCUACAUGCGUCAGGCUGAUAAGGUUCAGCAAUUUAAGCAAGACCCCAAACCAUCUGCAUGUCUUCAUUCUGUUUUCAGUGCACACACUGGGGAUGAGGUCUACUCCCAUAAGGAAUAUGGUCACCUUCAGAUAAAUGCUGUGUCGUUAUUUCUCCUCUAUUUGGUUGAGAUGAUCUCUUCGGGGCUGCAGAUAAUCUACAACACGGAUGAGGUGUCCUUCAUUCAAAAUCUUGUGUUUUGUGUGGAAAGAGCAUAUCGAGUACCAGAUUUUGGUGUCUGGGAAAGAGGAAGUAAAUACAACAAUGGCAGUCCAGAGCUACAUUCAAGCUCUGUGGGGCUGGCAAAAGCAGCUUUAGAAGCAAUUAAUGGCUUCAAUCUCUUUGGAAAUCAGGGCUGCUCUUGGUCUGUUAUAUUUGUGGAUUUUGAUGCCCAUAACCGUAACAGACAGACUCUCUGUUCAUUGCUACCCCGAGAGUCAAGGUCUCAUAAUACCGAUGCAGCUCUUUUGCCCUGUCUCAGUUAUCCUGCAUUUGCUUUGGAUGAUGAGGUUUUGUUCAGUCAAACACUAGAUAAAAUUAUUAGAAAGCUAAAAGGAAAAUACGGGUUUAAAAGAUUUCUGAGGGAUGGGUACAGAACAGCCCUGGAGGACAAAACACGACGUUAUUAUAAACCAGCAGAAAUUAAGCUUUUUGAUGGCAUUGAAUGUGAAUUCCCUCUGUUUUUUAUUUUCAUGAUAAUUGAUGGAGUUUUUAGAGGAAAUCCUGCACAAGUAAAGGAAUAUCAGGAUCUUCUGGAUCCUUUGCUUCAACACACAUCUGAAGGGUGUCCGGUUGUACCCAAGUACUACUACGUGCCAGCUGACUUUGUUGAACUGGAAAAGAAGAACCCUGGCAGUCAGAAACGGUUUCCUAGUAACAGUGGACGCGAUGGAAGGUUUUUCUUGUGGGGACAGGCAGUUUACAUCAUUGCCAAACUCCUGGCUGACAAGCUAGUAAGUCCUAAAGAUAUUGACCCCAUUGGACGUUAUGUCCCUCCACAAGAUCAACGGAAUGUUAGCAUGAGAUUUUCAAAUCAGGGCCCUUUAGAAAAUGAUUUGGUAGUACAUGUGGCACUGAUAGCAGAAAGUCAGCGCCUACAAGUCUUUCUUAACACGUAUGGCAUCCAAACUCAGACCCCCCAGCAGGUGGAACCAAUUCAGAUAUGGGCUCAGAAAGAACUUGUCAAAGCUUACUUCCAUUUGGGAGUUAACGACAAAUUGGGAUUAUCUGGAAGACCAGACAGACCUAUGGGAUGCCUUGGAACAUCAAAGAUUUAUCGAAUACUGGGGAAGACUGUAGUUUGCUACUCAAUCAUUUUUGAUCUAAGUGAUUUCUACAUGUCUCAGGAUGUUAUGAUGUUGAUUGAUGACAUUAAGAAUGCACUGCAGUUCAUUAAGCAGUAUUGGAAAAUGCAUGGUCGGCCUCUGUUCGUUGUACUUAUCCGUGAAGACAAUAUAAGAGGGAGCAGGUUCAAUCCAAUAUUAGAUAUGUUGGCAGCCUUCAGAAAGGGAAUUGUUGGAGGAGUGAAAGUUCAUGUUGACAGAGUACAGACAUUAAUAUCUGGAGCAGUUGUUGAACAGCUUGACUUCCUAAGAAUCGCUGAAACAGAAGAGGCUCCUGUAUUUAAGAGUUUGGAAGAGUUGGAUCUUCCAAAACAUUCAAAAGUCAAGAGACAGUCUAGUACUCCAAAUGCUUCUGAACUCGAGCAGCAACCAGAUGUAAAUAUAAAUGACUGGAAAAACAAGUCAACAUAUGAGAUCCUGCAGAAACUUAAUGACUGCAAUUGCCUGGCAAGUCAAGCAUUACUCUUGAGUAUAUUGCUUAAAAGGGAAGGACCGAAUUUUAUCACCAAGGAAGGUACUGUUGCUGAGCAUAUUGAAAGAAUCUACAGGCGAGCUGGCAGCAAAAAGCUCUGGUCUGUUGUGCGCUUCGCAGCAAGUCUUUUAGGUAAACUAGUGGACAGCCUUGCACCAUCUAUUACUAAUGUUUUAGUUCAGGGCAAGCAGGUAACACUUGGAGCUUUUGGCCAAGAGGAAGAAGUUAUUUCUAAUCCCUUAUCCCCAGGAGUGAUUAAGAACAUCAUCUAUGAAAAAUGUCAUUUACAAGAUGAAAGAGAAGCUGUAAUUCAGCAGGAACUGGUCAUACAUAUUGGCUGGAUCAUCUCUAAUUCACCUGAACUUUUCAGUGGCAUGCUGAAGAUACGGAUUGGAUGGAUUAUCCAUGCUAUGAAGUAUGAAUUGAAAUUCCGUGCUGGGGAUAUGCCAGCCAAGGACUUGUACCAGAUGUCCCCUAGUGAAGUGAAGCAGCUUCUGCUGGAUGUUCUUCAGACACAGCAGCAGGGGAGAGGCUGGCUAAACAGAAGGCAGAUAGAUGGCUGUCUGAAUCGGACUCCUGCAGGUUUCUAUGAUCGGGUGUGGCAAAUCUUGGAGAGAACCCCUAAUGGUUUAAUAGUGGCAGGGAAAUUUUUACCACAGCAACCAACCUUAUCGGAUAUGACGAUGUAUGAAAUGAACUUUUCCCUUCUAGUUGAAGACAUGCUGAAAAAUAUCGACCAGCCGGAAUACAGACAAAUUGUUGUAGAGUUGUUGAUGGUUAUAUCUGUUAUUUUGGAGAGAAAUCCUGAGCUAGAGUUCCAGGACAAAGUCGACUUGGACAAAGUAGUGCAAGAAGCAUUUCAUGACUUUCAGAAGGAUCACAGCAGUCCAAAGGGAUCUGAAAAACAACACGACAUGACUGCAUUCUACAACACUCAGCCAAUUGGAAAAAAGGGAAUGUGCAGCUACUUGAGUAAGGCUGUGAUCACUUUAUUGCUGGAAGGGGAAGUGAAAGCAAGCAACGAUGAUCCUUGCACCAUUAGCUAAAGCUUGAGUUGCUCUUGCUUUAUUUAGUGUUCUGUGUAUUUUUCAUGCGUAUAUUAAAAUACUGUUUUGAAGAGUAACCAUGGCUAGUAAUAAAAUUGCAGACUUAUCUUUUGCUGAAAGAAGUGCCAUUAAAGAUAUUAAGUGCCACCUAAUUUUUUUCUUUCUCAACUAUGCAGCAUGAAACUAUGCACAUGAAGUUAGUCCUGUGAUAUUUCACUAAGCUGAAUGGGAUUGUAUUUAGGAUUUAUGUAUUUAACAUAGUUGGUAACUUGAAGAGAAAUGCAGUUAUGAGAUUUUGUCUUUAUGCCUCUAUUUAUUUAUAAUUACAAACAAGUUUAUUGUAAAUUCAAAAUGAAAUUCUGAAAAUACCAUAACUAACAUGCCUAUCACUCAAUGUGGAAACAAUGAAAAUGGGAUUAUUUUUAUAUUAUUCUUUAUGCAAAUUGGAGGUGAAGGUUAAAUAGUUGCUAUUCUUUAAUGUUUUUCUGUAUAAUUUUAAUUGACAGCAUACAUUUAGGUUUGUUUUUUUUAAAAUUUACCAGUUGAUAACUUGAUAUUCAGGUUUCAUCCUAAUAGAGCAACUUUUUAUCUCUAGCAGUAACUCUCACUGCAGUUUCCCAAUUGCUGUUUAAACAUGUGUAAGUUAACAAGGGCAAUGUGCGGUAACGAGGUAAAGGUUUGUUUAAAAAAAAAAAAAAAAGGGGGCAAACAAGCUGUAUUUAAAGUUAAGAUGGGUGAUGAAAAAAUUUGGUAUUACAUAAGCUAUCAGUGCAUUAAAGAAUUCAGGAUACAUUUAUUUAUCUUCUAAAUGUGUGAAAACACUGUAUGCUAUGUGCUUUAUUUUGGUGAAAGUAAUAAAAAGCAAACGCGUGUAAAAAAACCUGUCAAUAAAAAUACUGCGAGUUACA